AUGAGCACUCCUAUUCCCAUGGCUUCAUAUACACAACCGUACGACGCUACCAGUACAAGCGCCGCAAAAGUUGCAUCUCCAUCGCCGCCCGAGAAGUUUGAUGAAGACAUAUCAGCUGCCCGUUGCCAACUAUUUGCCAAUUCGGCUUUGGAAGUGCAAAAGGAGUGGACCUACAUGACCGAACGCAGGUUUGAUUUGGAUGGCCUCGACUUUGAUACUGCGUGGCACCUUCUCCAGUUGCAUUGGAAUCAUCAUCACAUGGCCUAUCUUCUUAGCUAUCGACCUGCGUUAAUGCACAGUUUGGCCACUGGCGGCCCGUACAUCAAUAAACUCCUACUUAACGCGAUCUAUUUGGCGUCAGCGCUCAACAGUGAUCGAAAAGAGCUCUAUGAUGACAAGUCCAGCAUUGCUAGCGCUGUCGGCCUCCUCACUGUAGGGUCGAGCUUGGUCUCAAACGGACAACAAACGGCUGGCUGGCAUUAUUCCGGUCUAGGAUACAGGAUGAUGGUCGACCUUGGCUUGCAUAUCAGCCCUGAUCAAACACGCACUUCAGACCCUCUCAACGCGUCACAGUCUCAGAUCGAGUUCACCCACGUGGAUAUGGAGAUGAGUCGAAGAGUGUUCUGGGGUGCCUAUAUCAACGACAAGUUCCAGUCACUCUAUUUUGGGAGACCCCCAGCGCUUGUAGCAAUUGGCAUCGAGCCAUCGCGGUUGCUCAUCGACACCUACGAGGAACUCGAACUAUGGUCACCAUAUGUGGAUUCAAGAGCCUCAUCGCCACCGUUGCCUCCUUCCUUUCCCCAGCCAGCCUAUACAAUUUCCACUUUCAGUAGUUUACUUGAACUUGUCGACAUUAUGGCUGACAUCAUUGAGCAUUUCUAUACGCCUAAAGUUCAUUUCCUAUCGAAAGAAAAUACUUUGCGGGAGGUUAAAAGGGUGCAAAGCGACCUUCAAUCCUGGGAACAGCGCCUUCCAAAGCAUCUCCUAUACCACCCUAAGCAUGACCCUGUGCCACCGGCCCAUCGAUUCAAUCCACCAAUGACCUUUCACAUGCUACAUAUUCUCCUUUAUCGUCCAUUCUUGGCAGAAGGUCAUCUUCGACACUUCGAGCUAGACGAGAAUGAACCUCGAGCUAUUUGCACCUCCGCCGCGUUUCAAAUCUAUGAACUCGCAAAAGCAUAUCGCCAAGCAUUCACGUUUCGGCGAGCGACAUACAUGUUCUCCUAUUCUUUAUUCUCAGCAGCGUCGAUUAUUCCGUUGAAGUCCUCUGGGGAGCAAACGGCGGUGGACACGAUGCAGAAGGUUAUUGCAGCAUUUUUCUGGACCUCAUUGAAAGAGCUGCAAAAUGGCGCCAACUUUGGACUACGGAAGCCCAUCAUGAUUAUUCGCUCUUUGUUCGAGCGCGCUGGCCUCCACUCGGAGCCAACUACCACUCAUCGGAAUGAUAUUGAACAUGGAGUACCUUCACAAGAACGGCCACUGAAUCAAAGUUGUUACACGAGAGUUUUUGAGAAUAUCGAUGAGCAGACUCUCUUUCAGGAUCUGACAUCUGGGUCUUUCGACGAGGUAAUCAAUAUGGGCGACAUGGUCGUGGAUGAAGACUCGCAUAUUCUUUAUGGUUUGUUCCGGUAG